AUGGGAAGUUUUUGUUCAUAAUAAACAAGGCAAAAUUGUCAAGAUUAAAUUUUAAUGAUUGAAUCUUAAACUGAUAUCAAGGAAGACGAUGACAUAAAGAUUAUGUAAAUAACACUAUUAAAGCCAAAAUUUCUGAAUUAUCAAGUAUUAACUUGAAUUAAUUUUUUAACUCAUAGUUAGAAAAGCAAAAAUUUGUAAGAGCUCCCACUCAAUUCCUUGAUAAAAAAGCUUCAUAAGAAGUGUUUGCUAUUAAUUCAAAUAGGAAACUUAAAGGAAUUUUAAAACAACAAAAUUAAUUUUCAAUCAAAAGGGCCAAUACCUUUGAUUAGAUCAAAUGUGUUCGUUUUAACUUUGUUCUGUAAGAUUAGGAAAGUUAAGGAUCAAAAAAUUUGGUUAAAUUGAUAAAAUUACUUAACCAUAGAACAAUAUAAAAAUGA